AUGAAGAGUCAGGAACGUGCCACGUGUGACCGUAUAUUAGGUGGCCUGAAGGACGUCCCCAAGCGUGUGCUUUCAAUGGAACAACGUCCUCAGCGGGUACCGAGCGAUCUGCGUAGUCUGGUCCGGCUCUUGGGAUUGCGGGAGGUGGUAACCCCAGCGACUUGGAAUUGUGUGGCGAUGGCAGUAGCACAAACUUACGCUUAUGCCGACAUGCGUGGCGAGAGUGACGCAUUUGAACGGCUCACGACCAGUGUAAAACGCGGCAUUUGGUUUGCCGGUCUUCUAAACUUAGACCACAAUUAUGCCCGUGAUGUGCGCGUCCAGGCUCUCCGCAACGUAAGGAGAGGUUGGACGACAAUAAAGCCUAAAGAACUGGCGAUUCUGUUUCGCUGGUUCUUACAUGACUACACCUCUUUUCAAUCGAACCAUACUUCUACUGUUGAUGGAACGGUCUGGGGGGGUCGAUACGCUCGGGAUGGAGGCGAUAUUUUUCACCAGGACAUCUUUUUACUCCACGUGGGAGAUGAGGAAAGGGAGAACCAUAAUGCCGAAAGUAUUGCUCGACCGUGA